AUGACUGGCCAAAAACACGUCAUUUUUGACGUUGUCGGAACAUGCGUCUCAUUUGACGCCUUCUACAAUGGCAUUGAAAAAGUCAUGGGUCAACGUCUCCUGGCUCGAAACAUCACAGCUCGCUCCUUCGGCUUCACCUGGAUGACCGCAGCCGAAUUGGAGUUCACCUUUCUCUCAAUCUCUGAACGCUACAAGCCCUACAAAGAAGUCAUGUCUGCCCUCUUCUUCCGCACGUUAUACAUGAUGGGUGUUGAGGACCCGCGUGCCUUCGCCACUGAAGCCGAGCGAGACCAGUGCGCCCAGGGAUACUCGGAGUUGGAACUACGCCCAGGAACUAAAGACUGCUUUGCCAAGCUGCGCGAUGCUGGGUUCACUGUUUGGUGUUUAACAACUGGUGAUACCAAGCGUGUACGAGGAUACUUUGAGCGGGGUGGUGUUGACAUGCCACUUGAGAACUUCAUUAGUUGUGAUACAGCUGGUGUGGCGAAGCCUGCGCUGGCGGCAUAUAGGCCUGCUUUGGCCCAGUUCAAGGAGGAAGAUAAGAAAUGGUUUGCGGCUGCCCAUAUGUGGGAUGUGAGUGCUGCUGUGAAGGUAGGGUUCCGGGGCGCCUAUUGUACUGUGUAUGAGAAGGAAUCGUGCGCAGAGAUCUUUGAUGCCGAGUUGGAGGUUAUUGAGGAUACCUUACCUGCUAUGGCGGAUAAGAUUAUUGCGGCUUCACUCUGA